AUGGAAUCGCAAGGCAUGAAUCCUCAGAUGAUGGUGGUUCUCGAAACAACGACUGCCACGCUUUGUUCGUUGAGCUGCCGCGCAUCACUCGUAAAUAUGCCAGUUGGCUUCUUCCUCGGCGUUGGCGGUGCUUUUUCAACCGAGAGUGCUGGCAAGGGUGCUCGUAAUACACAAGCACCUUCGGUAUAUUCGGGAACCUCUGGAGCUCUCUCCGUGGCAUCUGGUCGCGUGUCUUUCACGCUCGGGCUGACAGGUCCUUGCUUGACGCUAGACACAGCGUGUUCGUCGUCGCUCGUCGCUGUUCAUCUGGCAGCAUCAGCUCUCAAGCUGAUCGAAUGUCCCGAAGCAGCGGCGACGGGUGUCGGUAUGCUGACGCAGAAAGUGUCGAUGGCUUUCUCAGCGGCAGGCAUGCUCUCCGCUUUCGGACGCUGCCACACGUUCGAUCGUCGCGGAGACGGAUACUGCCGCGGCGAGGGCUGCGGAGCGAUUUUGCUGUCCUCUGGAGUGUCUGCCAAAGUUGAUGUCAUAGGGACGGCCGUGCAGCAGGACGGUCCUAGCGCGAGCUUGACCGCGCCCAACGGAUCAUCCUAA